UGUUCACUCUCUCUUUAUAUUAGCAGCUUCUCUCAGGAAGAUAAGUUAGUCUGUUGGGACCAAGAAGUGAGAGGAACCUAUCAAGACUUCCAGUAGGGAUACUUUUACAUUCUCUGCCUACUCCCUGACAAAGGAGAGGAAUGGCUUGUAACAGAAACUGUGGGCUCCUCAGUGGGGCCAUCAUCGGUGCUGUGCUGGCUAUCUUUGGAGGAGUUCUGAUACCAGUUGGAGACCACAUUAUAGGCAAAGCUAUAAAAAAGCAAGCUGUCAUUGUGAACGGUACCACUGCUUAUGAAAAUUGGGUUGUGCCAGGAAGUUCGGUUUACAGACAGUUUUGGAUUUUCGAUGUGCAAAAUCCUUCAGAGGUAUUAGAGAGAGGAGCACGUCCAAAGCUUGAACAAAGAGGACCUUACACAUACAGGGUGCGAUAUUUACCCAAAGAAAAUAUCACAGAAAACCCUGAUGGCACAAUAUCCUACAUGCUGCCUAACGCUGCUCGUUUUGAACCAGACAUGUCUGUUGGGACAGAGAAUGACACCUUCACAUGCCUCAACCUUGCUGUUGUUGCUGCACCAUCCUUGUAUACAAACACUUUUAUACAGUUACUAUUGAACACUUGGAUUAAAUCUUCUAAGUCAUCAAUGCUGCAGAACAGAACAGUGAAAGAGCUACUGUGGGGAUACAAAGAUCCUUUCUUAAACAAAAUCCCCUUCCCUGUGGAUCCAGUUCUAGGAGUCUUCUACCCGUAUAAUGGGACAUCUGAUGGACUUUACAGAGUCUAUACUGGGACAGAAGAUAUUACAAAAACAGCAAUAAUUGAAAGCUAUAAAAACAAAAGGAAUCUUUCAUACUGGGAAGGUUACUGCGAUUUGGUUAAUGGCACAGACGGGGCAUCAUUCCCACCAUUCGUUAAGAAGAACCAGGUACUGCGCUUCUUCUCCUCUGAUAUUUGCAGAUCAAUCUACGGAGUUUUCCAUAGCAAGCAGACAGAGAAGGGAAUCCCUCUGUAUCGUUUCACCGUUCCUCGUGAAGCAUUUGCAGCACCCAUUGAAGUUGAAGACAAUUAUUGUUUCUGUACAGAUAAAGUCGUAUCACAGAACUGCACGCUAGGUGGAGUUCUAGACAUUAGUGCCUGCAAAGCAGGAAGACCAGUGUUCAUCUCUCUUCCACAUUUUCUUCAUGCAAGUGAAUCUAUAUUGCAUGGUGUUGAAGGCUUGAACCCAGAUGAGAAGGAGCAUGAGACAUUUCUAGAUAUAGAGCCUACCACUGGCUUUACGCUACGAUUUGCAAAAAGGCUGCAAGUAAACCUCCUUGUGAAGCCUGCACCAAAAAUAGAAGCUUUAUCAAAAGUUAAUGAAUCUUAUGUGUUUCCUAUUCUUUGGCUAAAUGAGUCUGCUGUUAUUGGUGAUGAAAAAGCAGAAAUGUUCAGAAAGAAAGUAACUGGUCCAGUUUACUUCCUGAAUGUGCUGCAGCUGUCGUUACUGAUCUCAGGUUCUGUGCUGUUCCUGGCAUUCAUGGGUUCCUACUUUGUAUGCAGAUCAACAAAAUUAAAAUAGGUAAUGAAAGUCUUCAGAAGUAGUCAAUGUUUAAUUGAAAUUUCAGCCAAGCAGCAUGUUAAAAUUCAGAGACAAAAGGUAUGGUCCAAGGCAGAGCCAGUCCGCAUGCUGUGGAAUUCAACCUGCUUUUCCAUUUUGAG